AUUCUGUUCUUGAUUGCUCUUGCCUGCUUGCGAUGGCAGUAUGGAUGGCUAGAGUAGCUGUUUGUCUGUGUUGUUAAAUCUAAAACUUAUUUUAUUUUUAUUAAUUCUACUUUAUUUAUUGUUAAUCAAGCAGAGGAGAUGGGUCUGUCCCAGAGCACGGAUGUUCCUGAUGGGGGUACAAUGGGAUACCACGUACAUAGAGUUCAGGAGAAUUCUCCAGCAGAGAAGGCAGGCUUAGAAUCAUACUUUGAUUUUAUCAUCUCCAUAGGGCAUACUCGAUUAAAUAAGGAAAAUGAUAUGCUGAAAGAUCUGCUGAAGGCAAAUGUGGAAAAGUCAGUGAAGUUGGAAGUGUACAGCUUGAAAUCCCUGAAAGUGCGAGAACUGGAGAUUAUCCCCAGUAAUAUGUGGGGAGGACAGGGACUUCUGGGGGCAAGUGUGCGCUUCUGCAGCUUUCAAGGAGCUAACGAAUAUGUCUGGCAUGUACUGGAUGUUGAACCCAACUCUCCUGCUGCGCUGGCUGGCUUUACACCCUUCACUGAUUACAUUGUUGGAGCAGACCAAGUCCUGCAGGAGUCAGAAGAUUUAUUCUCACUUAUCGAGUCUCAUGAGGGGAAGCCUGUAAAGCUAAUGGUUUAUAACACAGAAACGGACUACUGUAGAGAAGUUACUGUGACUCCAAAUGGUGCCUGGGGAGGAGAAGGAAGUUUAGGUUGUGGCAUUGGAUAUGGAUAUUUGCACAGGAUCCCUGGCCAAACAGUCAAACUGAAAGAAAAAGAAAUUAAGCCACCAUCUCCACUGCCACCCAGCAAUAUCCCUUCCACUCUACCAUCUCCAUUGCUACCCAGCAAUAUGCCUUCCAUGCUACAGUCUCCAUUGCUACCCAGCAAUAUGCCUUCCAUGCCACCUGCCAAUGGAUAUACUGAGGUUCCUCUUGUUGUAUCAAGUGCACAGCCUGAAAGUAAUGAAGAGCAUGCAGUCCUAGAUCAGAAGCUACACAUCAGCACAACAGAAAGCUUUACUCUGCCACCUCCUAUUCAGAGAGUCACGGAUCCAGGUUUUAUUGAUUUAUCUAACACUUCUCUUCCUGAAUUUACCGAUGUGAGCAAAAUACUGGACUUGUCAGUUCCUUCUACCGAUAUCUCUAUGUUAGUGUCAGGAACUGAAAAUCUUAUGGUGCACGACAGUCCCAUUACACACACAGAUCAGACUGAGGAUUCAUUGACAGUGCAUCCAACCCCAACAGCAGAUCCACCUUCUGAAGACCCACCAAGUCCACUGGAGCUUGGCGAUCAUUCAGUUUCAGAAAAAUUACCUGUUAAUAGUGUACCCAUCACCGAAUCCCUAAAUCUAGAAUUAUCACACGGAAGUGAACAUCAGCCCAGCAGUGAUGGUGUGGAAUUCCAAAAUUCAUUGCACAACUCAAGUGAAAUAAAGUCAGAUGAGGAAACUAAUGACGCCAACAUGCAGUAGAACACAGUGUUAAAAUAGUUACUUUAUAGCUAUGUGUGGUGGAAGGGAAAUAACUGUAAAGCUCCCAGCUUGGACAUGCUUUCUGCCUCCUGUUACAAUGUUAUUUUGGUUCUCAUUUUCUUUUCAUAAUAUUUUCACUGUAAUUGUUUUAAAAGAAUGGUGCUUUUUUACUGUUUUGUUGCUGAGAAUUUGAACACAAUUUUAAUGUAUGAAAGGAAAUCAGUAUAAUUAAUGAAAUUGUAUAGUUUUUUAAGUACUGGUGUAAACCCAGUUCAAAUCCAGCAUUUGGUGUGGUGUAUCAAAUUCUUAAAAAUUAAUGUUUAGGCAGGCUUCCUGUAUUUGUUUGCACCUCCAGUUUACUUUUACAGUGCUGGCCUAAUGCUUUUAAAUGUGUAAGCUAUUUAUUGCAGUUUCUCUCCAGCAAGCUUCUUGGUCACUUACAUACCCUUUAAUUAUAAAUAUGUAAACUGUGGGAAAGAGGUGUGUUUGAUGGAACCUGAUGGCAUUACAGGGCUGGACCUGACCACAGUGAAACAAGUGUAUGUAAUGUGAUAAGGCUUGUAGUUAAGAAGUAAAAGCACUACAUAAGAGUAAAACUAGCAUAACACUUACCCCAGCAUAAAAGGCUUGCAUUGCAUUGACUGCCAUGAAAGGUAAUGUGACUUUCUCAGCUGUUGUACCUUUGUCUUUAGGAGUCACUGUCUGAAUGCAUUUUACAUGUGGCACUCCCAAGCCAGCUUGAUUGUUUUCCAUAGUUUUUCUUUAACUUAUUAGAGGUUACUGUGGCACUUGUGACUUAAUGGAUGUUUGCUGUUCAAAAAUGCAGAAGCAUAGUGGAACACGAGUUGCUUUGAACAUUUCCUAGGUGCAGGCAUUAGAAGCCCCUUGCAUUUGGCUUCCUUUUCUAGGAUCACAGAAAUGUAGUUGUGCUACAACUCAACAGACACAUCUGACAUGACAGCACUACAUGUAAGUAAAGCAACAUGUAAAUAAGGCAGUUUUGUAAACUCUGGCAGGCAGUGCUGUAAAUGUUUAGUGGUUAUAAUAGGCACGCUUGUCAUUGUACUUUUUUAGCUCAAAUGAGUUUUAUUUUUUUUAUAUAUAUAUAUAUAUAUAUAUAAGGGUUUGGGCAUGUUCAACACUAGUGUUCUAAGAUCACCUUAAUUACAUUAAAUUUGUUAACAUUUUGUGCUAAAGAGAAAUACAGUUUUAUUCACAACAAAUUUGCUCAUGAUACUGGUCUGCCUUACUGAUGACACACAGGCAGCAUUUUUCUGCUUCAUCAUUCAACUCUUAUUAUUCUCAGGGUCUGAAACUUUUUAUUCAAACUAUUGUCCAGUGAUAGCAGAGAUUUUUAGAAGUGUAGACAUAAUUUGUCUAUUUUAUUUUCAUCCUUAUUUAAAAGCACAAGUGUUCAUCUUUAUAUGUAUUACAUGGCUGCAGUUUGCAUCACUAUGAAAUAUAAAUACUAGAAAAGCCAAAUAUGUAUUUCUUAUAUAUUUCUGCUGAAUUUCUUGUGCAUUCAUUUUCACUGAGAUACCUCUGUGGCAAUUCAGUCCAGAAAAUUAAGGCUAUGGACUGCUAAUGAGCAUCAUCUUGUAGUUCAGGGUUUGAUUCCCUCUUCCAUUCCUAGGUGUGAUCCCCAUUGAAUCCAUUUGCCUGCUGUUUGAUUUAGUGUAAGUCAGCUAACCCAGCAGUGUUCCCAGGUCACCCUUGGAAAGAGUCAAUUGUGCCUAGUAGGUUUACUUGACUAAAAAAAAUGAAAAUCAAAAAAUAAAUAAGGAGCAGUAAUCUGACAUUGUCUUAUCUCAUUUUACUCUGUCAUCAUAAAUGAGGGCAUACAAUACAUAUACACAUACAGUGUUUGUGCAUUUUUUGUACUGUAUGUCUGAUAUUCACAUUUACAUACUGUUCUUAUCUAAGCUAAUUUUGGAUUUCUCAAAUAAAGGGAAAUCUUUGAAUUCAGCAAGACUAUUAAACAGCUGAUAGAACAAGUGAGAAUAGUGCUUCCCUUUACCUUUUUAAUUGCACUAUAGGCAGGUCAGACAAAUAAUGUGAUAACUAGGCACUUUUCAGGUUUGAAACCAGGAAUGGUAGAAAAUAUUAUGAUAGCUGCUAAAGUCAAUUAAUAGAGACAUUUGAACCUGAAUGUUUUACAGUGUAUGGUUCAAAAAUAAAACUAAGCAGUCAACACACAA